CCCUCGUCGACUCCGAUUUUUGCUUUCGAGUUUCCAUCCCAUUUCAGAUGAUAACCUUUCUGCACGCUUUUGAUAUUCUUACCAUCAAUACUCAACCUCGUACGAGCUGCCCACAAUGGCAAGCGGAGGACCAAGCACGCUUCUGAUUUUUCUCCUGUUCCUCAUCAUUGGUGUGAUCGCACGCUUUAUUCGCGAUUGCGUGUGCAAAACACAGCGCCGGCCUGGCGAGGAGCCCGCCAUCGAGCUGCGGCCGAGGAAUCCGGUCACACCCCUAGGCAUCCUCCGCGCCGCCACCGGGCCCCGCGGACUGACGGAUUUGCUGCAUUCACUGGAGGAUGGAACUCGGCGUGCCCGCGCGGCGGAGGAGGCAGCCCCGCUCAAUACACAGCCCUCAAUACACACACAACCAGCGGCCGAUGGAUAAUUAGGGGAUGCGGUGUCUUCGAGCGCCCCGAGGUGGAGACUUCAUGAAGAAUUGUGUGUCUAGUGAGGGUUCAGUCUAGGGGCAGAGUGCAGGGCAGCGUCACAGAUUCAUGGACUGGAAGUGCGCGCGUGGGAUGGAGACACGCGGUUGCCGGUGACUCUCCGACCAACCUUGCUCGUCCGUUAGCCACACCGCCGAAGCCGAUGUGCCUGAGAUUACGCUCGACUACAUCCUGCUGCAUUGCGUGCGCUCGCUUUACCUUUAGACGGUGCGGAGGGGUGUCGACCGAAAACAUGUGGAAUUGAAAGGACCAAUGUGGUUGGAGAAUGUCAGCCAUUGUCAGUGGUGUGGUUGAUUUUCAGGUCUGUAAUCUUUAGGCUGACAGCAACCUAGCGUCUCUGUUUGAUACGCAGGGCAAAGCGUAAAACAAGCUAGAAAAACUAUGAUAGUAUUAUACUUGUCUAGAAUAGAGUAAGCUGACGGCAUGGC